AUGAAGUUACUACUCCUAGCUCUGCUGAGCCUAUUCAGCACAGCAUUAGCGGUGCCUUCGCCAACAGCGGCACCUGCCCUGGUACCAUGUGUUCAUGCCACAACAGCCGGCUACUCGUAUCCGCCACCCGCAGAAGUUAAGUUCUCCAUUACACCCGGCGUGACGAAAUAUCGAGUAACGCCUGAGAUAUCCACGUACUCCGAGAACGGCAACUUGCAAUAUGCAUCCGUAGGCGGCUCUUCCUCCUCAUAUCAGUCAACGGUCGGCAUUGCGGGUCUCACACAAGGCGGCAUUACACAAAUCAACAAAUACGCAGCGCCCGUUCAGAAAACUCUCUUCACGCCGUCAGCGGAAUAUGGAGGUCCAGGAAUAAGCUAUGCUGACAAGUCACCCGCCUCCAAAUAUGCUGCCGUAGUGCCCUCGGGCAUUGAACUCAAGAAUUUGGUGUCUCCAGCUCUGACUAAAACCGUGCUAACAGCACCAAAGCUGAACAAUGCCUAUUUACCUCCAGCGCCGACUCUUACGAAGGUAGCCACCUAUGCCACGCCCGGCUAUACAUACAGCCAGGCCACGCCCGCCGUCACAAAGAUAGCAACGUAUACAUCACAGCCCGUCGGCGGUGCUGUCACCUCGAAUUUGCCCUUCUUCGCACCACCAGUCACUACGAAAGUUCAAUCGUAUGCGUCUCCCGCCUAUAGCUACGUCAAGGCCACACCGGGCUACUCGAAAGUGGAAACUUUUAGUUCGCCUGGUUUCAGUUACGCGCAGGCUUCACCAGCUAUAUCUAAAAUAGCUACUUACUCCACAGCUGCCCAUGGGGCUGCUUAUGCGCCUGCCAUCUCUUAUGCAGCUCCUGCCAUUUCCAAGUUAGCCACAGUCACGCCAGCAUUGUCGAAAACGUACCUACCCGUUGCUCCCGCCGUCGCCACACAGUAUGUCUCCGGUGCAAACACUUAUGGCAGCGUUGGCCAUACUGCCAGUUACUCCGUGCCGUCUGUUUCGAAAUCAUACGCAGUACCUUCACCAGCUAGUUCCAGCCAAUAUAUAUCGAAACCAAUUGUGGCGGGGUAUCCUGUGCAACCCAGCACGUCUCAGAUAGCUUCAUAUGCCGCACCAGCACAAAUAGCCACUGGCUAUGGCCACUCCGGGGCUAUUUCCCACCAGUACGUCUCUAAGCCGGCCGUUUCUACUAUCUCCGGCUAUGCAGCUGCUCCAUCUAUCUCCAGCUACUCAAGCGGCCCAGCAAUUGGUAAGGUCGCUUCGUACGGAGCAAGUGGUGGUGCCAUUUCCCAUCAAUAUGUCUCCAAGCCGGCCGUUGCAAGUGUUAUAGGUGCUCCGGCCGUUGCCAAAGUUGCCAGUUAUGCCGCUCCAGCUAUCUCCAACUAUGCAGCUGCUCCAUCUAUCUCCAGCUAUGCAGCUGGCUCAGCUAUUGGUAAGGUCGCUUCGUACGGAUCCAGUGGUGCCAUUUCCCAUCAAUAUGUCUCCAAGCCAGCCGUUGCUAGUGUCUUAAGUGCUCCAGCCGUUGCCAAAGUUGCCACUUAUGCCGCUCCAGGUAUCUCCAGCUACUCAACCGGCUCAGCAAUUGGUAAGGUCGCUUCGUACGGAUCCAGUGGUGCCAUUUCCCAUCAAUAUGUCUCUAAGCCGGCCGUUUCUAGUGUGCUAAGUGCUCCAGCUGUCGCCAAAGUAGCUGCUUAUGCCGCUCCAGCUAUCUCCGGCUAUGCAGCUGCUCCAUCUAUCUCCAGCUACUCAAGCGGCCCAGCAAUUGGUAAGGUCGCUUCGUACGGAGCAAGUGGUGGUGCCAUUUCCCAUCAGUAUGUCUCCAAGCCGGCCGUUGCUAGUAUCUUAAGUGCUCCAGCCGUCGCUAAAGUAGCCACUUAUGCCGCUCCAGCCAUCUCCAGCUAUGCAGCUGCUCCAUCUAUCUCCAGCUACUCAGCCGGCCCAGCAAUUGGUAAGGUCGCUUCGUACGGAUCCAGUGGUGCCAUUUCCCAUCAGUAUGUCUCCAAGCCGGUCGUUGCUAGUAUCUUAAGUGCUCCAGCCGUCGCCAAAGUAGCUACUUAUGCCGCUCCAGCUAUUUCCGGCUAUGCAGCUGCUCCAUCUAUAUCCAGCUACUCAACAGGCCCAGCAAUUGGUAAGGUCGCUUCGUACGGAGCAAGUGGUGGAGCCAUUUCCCAUCAAUACGUCUCCAAGCCGGCCGUUGCUAGUAUCUUAAGUGCUCCAGCCGUCGCCAAAGUAGCCACUUAUGCCGCUCCAGCCAUCUCCAGCUAUGCAGCUGCUCCAUCUAUAUCCAGCUACUCAACAGGCCCAGCAAUUGGUAAGGUCGCUUCGUACGGAGCAAGUGUUGGUGCCAUUUCCCAUCAAUAUGUCUCCAAGCCGGCCGUUGCUAGUCUGUUAAGUGCUCCAGCCGUCGCUAAAGUAGCCACUUAUGCCGCUCCAGCCAUCUCCAGCUAUGCAGCUGCUCCAUCUAUCACCAAAGUAGCUUCGUAUGGUGCAGCUGGUGGUGCCGUUUCACAUCAAUACGUCUCCAAGCCAGCCGUUGCUAGUGUAUUAAAUUCUCCAGCCGUUGCCAAAGUAGCCACUUAUGCCGCUCCAGCUAUCUCCAGCUAUGCUGCCGGCCCAGCUAUUGGUAAGGUUGCUUCGUAUGGUGCAACAGGUGGUGCCGUUUCACAUCAAUAUGUCUCCAAGCCUGCUGUUCCUAGUGUGAUUGGUUCACCAGCAGUCGCCAAAAUUUCAACUUAUGCCGCUCCAUCAAUCUCCAGUUAUUCAGCCGUUCCGGCAAUUGCCAAGGUCGCUUCGUACGGAGCAAGUGGUGGUGCCAUUUCCCAUCAAUACGUCUCCAAGCCGGCUAUAGGCACUGUUUCCAGCCUUCCUGCAAUUUCCAAAGUGGCUACAUACGCUACUCCAGCUUUGGCUCACAUUUCAUCAGGCCCAGCUAUUGUUAAAGUAAACGGCUACACCAGUCCUUCAGUUACUCAGUUAUCAAGUGGACAUGGUUCUGUGUUGCAGCAAUUUGUAUCCAAACCGGUUGUCGGAGCAGUAUCAAAUAAUUACGUAUACAAGCCCAGCAUUGCAACAGUUGCUUCUAGUCCUGGAAUUCAAAAGAUUGCAGGUUAUGGACUAGCCACGGGGGUGUUACGUACCACACCUUCUAUUGCUACGAUCCCAACCUUAGGUGGAGGCCACACAGCAUCCGGUCAUGGAGCAGUGUCACAUCAGUACGUAUCAAAGAUUGGUCCAGCAAUUGCACAAACUGCUGGCAUUCAGCAUCACACUGGCGGAAUAGUUUCGCCCGCAAUUUCCCAGAUAGCAGCUCCAAUUGGGUUGGGCUAUGAUGCUAUCGGUCACGUUUCCAGCCCAGCGAAAUCUAAUCUGUUGGCAUUGGGAGGCAAGUUAAUUGGAAGCACUUCGUAUGGACUUAAUACGGGCAAAUAUCUGGGAGCUUCUGGAGGAAUUCAAGGUGGUUCAUACUAUGGUGCUAUAUCCCUAGGUCACAAUGCAGUUUCUCCGGCUCUUAACUACCCCGGCGUAUUAUCACAACCCGCUGGUCUGUCACAUAGUUCGUCCAUUGGCGUCUUGGGAUCCCCAUUGUCUGGGUAUGACCACGGAAUUGGCGGUAUUGGCCCUCUCGGUGCUGGUUUUUACCGCUAUGCACCCAGCACUCAAACGCUUAGCGCACACGCUCCACUAUCACCUGCAACAUAUUUAAAAUCCGCUCCAGUUGCAAAAGCCGCCUUAUUGAAGGUGGUGCCAGAAAGGCAUCUGGAACAUUUCAAUACUCAUCCCCGCUAUGCGUUCGAAUAUGAUGUGAAUGAUCCACACACUGGCGAUAUAAAGCAUCAGCGCGAGGAGCGAGACGGCGAUGUGGUGAAGGGAGAGUACUCGCUCGUCGAACCUGAUGGCAAUGUACGAACCGUAAAAUACUACGCCGACUGGGAGACGGGCUUCCAUGCCCAGGUCAUAAACAGUCGCGAUCAAGGCAAAGUGCUGGCUAAGCGCCAGAUCCCGACAGUAGUGAAAAAGUCAUGA